AGCCUGGAGGAAGGCGGGGCCUUUGUUUGUUCGUGUCUCGGCUGGCAGGAACAAAGGGUCCGGUAGUAGUAGAACACAGUCCUCCAGACAAAUGACAUUUAAAACAUAUAAGCAGGAAUUGCAAAUUCACCAGAAGCGGGGAAGUAGCGGGAGUGUUUCAGUUCCCGUCGUCAGCUGUUUGGUUUAGGACCACAAGAGUACAUUAUCAGCGGCGGAGAAUUCACCAUCCAGCCGCUCCGGCUAGCAGCAAGGCUAGCUGGCUAGAAACACCGACCCGAGGUGUUGAGCAGCACCGCGUUUAGGUGGACGUUUCUCUGCAGGUAACUCAGUCGAACUGCUAUACCAGGCUGUUCGUCAAAGUCAUUCAAGCUGUACUCUCCUAAGGAGCCCCCCAACGGCGGCAGCUUUCCCCCCUUCCACCCAGGCGCUAUGCUGGACAGAGAUGUGGGGCCUACACCCAUGUAUCCCCCCUCAUACAUGGAGCCUGGAAUGGGGAGACCCACACCGUAUGGGAACCAGACAGACUACCGGAUAUAUGAGCUGAACAAAAGAUUACAGAACUGGACAGAGGACUGUGACAAUCUCUGGUGGGAUGCCUUCACCACAGAGUUUUUUGAAGAUGAUGCUAUGCUCACGAUCACUUUCUGUCUGGAAGAUGGUCCAAAACGAUACACCAUCGGCAGAACGUUGAUUCCCCGGUACUUCAGAAGUAUCUUUGAGGGGGGCGCCACUGAGCUCUUCUAUGUUUUGAAGCAUCCAAAGGAGUCGUUCCAUAGUAACUUUGUGUCUCUCGAUUGUGACCAGUGCACCAUGGUGACCCAGAACGGCAAACCUAUGUUUACACAGAUUUGUGUUGAGGGCCGCCUGUACCUAGAGUUUAUGUUUGACGACAUGAUGAGGAUCAAGACGUGGCACUUCAGCAUCAGACAACACAGAGAGGUCCUACCGAGGAGCAUUUUGGCUAUGCAUGAUCCCCAGAUGCUUGAUCAGCUGGCUAAAAAUAUCACCAGAUGUGGGCUGUCCAACUCCACGCUCAACUACCUCCGUCUAUGUGUGAUAUUGGAACCCAUGCAAGAAUUGAUGUCUAGGCAUAAAACCUAUAGUUUGAGCCCCAGAGACUGCCUGAAGACCUGCCUCUUCCAAAAGUGGCAAAGAAUGGUAGCGCCUCCAGCUGAGCCUGCCAGACAAGCUCCAAACAAGCGGCGGAAAAGGAAGGUGUCCGGCGGGAGCACCGUGAGCUCUGGCGGAGGCAGCAAUAACAACAGCAACAGUAAAAAGAAGAGUCCAGCCAACAGCUUUUCACUCUCCAGCCAGGUACCUGAUGUGAUGAUGGUGGGCGAGCCCACUCUGAUGGGAGGGGAGUUUGGUGACGAAGACGAGCGUCUGAUCACGCGGCUGGAGAACACGCAGUACGAUGGCGCGAAUGGCCUGGAGGAUGAGGACAGUUUCAACAGCUCACCUGCACUGGGGGCACACUCGCCCUGGAACAACAAGGCACCCUCCAGUCAGGAGAGCAAGAAUGACAACUCCCAGUCGUCCCAGUAGACGAGGGGGGUCCCAACUCGUUUUGUUUUUGUAUUUUUUUUUUUUUCUCCCCCCCCCCAAAAAAAACUUACUGGGAUCCACCUGAGCCAACAUGCUAGCAAGAGGGGUCAGGGAGGGCGGCUUCGAGCGCUUAUGUUGAGUUAAUUUUUAUUUGUGUUCUUUCAUGAUAAAAGGAGAGUGGGUGGUGAAAUAGAUUGACCAAUUGAGCUUAUUGCCAUCACACAAAGGCCAGUUCAGCCACUCUACCUCCCUCACAUGAUCAUUGGUGCUCAGCCUUGGCCCUAGUCUGCCCGGCUACAACCAGUCCUCUUAGUGGUGUGGUGAGUCUGGCGGGCUGGCAGUGUGCGUGUAUGUGUGUUUACCCCCCCACCUCCCUCGUCCCGCAAUCAUCGCUCACCACAAUGUUUGAGCCAGAGUUGGCGUGUCCGGUUGUCCGAGUGCUCGCAGCGGCGCCCAUGUCAGCGGGUUCUUGUUCCAACCUCGGGUCUCUCAGGCGUGCGUUCCCGUCAGCCUCGCACGUCGCUGUUUCUGUUGUGCUCAUGUCACAGGGAAGGAAUGCUUAGCUUUUAUUUGACAUGUUUUUGCAGGCUGCAGAAAACUGUGUGCACUCUUAGUAUCAAAAUUCAACGUUCGGUUUUUAAAAACUCAAUUAUUUGU